CGCCCGCCCGCGCCAUGGCCAACGCGUCACAGUACCUGGAGGAGGGCGCCGGGCAAUGGCCGCCGCGGCCGCCCGGGCCGUACAGCGAGGCGCAGCGGCUGGCGCUGGAGGAGCUGGUGGCGGGCGGCCCCGAGGCGCUGCGGGCCUUCCUGCGGCGGGAGCGGCUGCCGCCCUUCCUGUCGGAGCCCGAGGUGCAGGCCAUCGCGCGGGGCGCCGUGCCGCCCGCCGCGGCCGAGGAGGCGGCGGCCGAGGCGUCGCUGGACGCGUCGUCGCUCACCUACUUCCCCGAGCGCUCGGACGCGGAGCCGCCGGCGCUGGAGCUGGGCUGGCCGGGCUUCGGCAGCGGCGCGUUCCGCGGGCUGACGCGGGUGGAGGCGCACUUCCAGCCGGGCGACGGGGACAGCCCGUACGGCUGCAAGGAGGCGGUGCGGCGGCAGAUCCGCUCCGCGCGGCAGAUGAUUGCCCUGGUUAUGGAUUCCUUCACAGAUACCGAUAUCUUCACAGACCUCCUGGAAGCCUGUAGCCAGCGGCAAGUCAAAGCUUAUAUCCUUCUAGAUCAGUCUUCAUUUUCCCACUUCCUGAAAAUGUGCAAGGAUCUGGGAGUUGAUCUCGAGCAGGAAAAGUUGAUGAGAGUUCGAAAUAUCACUGGGAACACAUACUACACAAGGUCAGGUGCCAAAAUUGUUGGAAAAGUCCAUGAAAAGUUCAUGUUAAUUGAUGGCAUUAGAGUGACAACAGGUUCCUAUAGUUUUACAUGGAUGGAUGGGAAGCUGAACAGCAGUAACAUUUUGAUCCUCUCAGGUCCUGCAGUUGCUCACUUUGACCAGGAAUUUCGGACUCUUUAUGCACACUCAAAGCCUGUCAACCUCAAAGAGUUCUCCAGCAGCAAGAAGAAUAAGGUGUUUGAUGAGCUGGUAAGGAUUACAGUGGCUUCUAGAGACUUAACCAGGGAAAACUUUCUGAGAAUGGAGUUUUUAUAUCUUAGAGCAUUUGUAGGAAAUCUAAAAAGGAAGCGAAACUGGAUGCAUGCCUCAAGGGAAGCAGUCUUUGUGUCAAGUAAUGCAAUGCAUGUUUCUCCACCACUGACUAAGAGGAAUGGCUCUCUAAUUAUGAGGCCACACUGGAUCAUAGAGAGAUGAAUUGCACGUUCACUCAGAGCGAGAUGCAAAACCUCAGAAGCCAUGUCCUGUGGUCCAUGUCCUGUACUGCCUUACAGUGUGUCUGUGCAAGCAGCUGGGAAGGCAACCUCAAGCUGAGAGAAAGCAACACUGGAAUUGUGAUUUCAGUUGAACACCUCUGCAAUGUCAGUCAGCAGAUACAGUUAUGGUGUUGUCUUACACACAGAAGUGCUUUUGAAAAAUAAAACAAAACUCUUUAAUACCUGAGAAGCCAUUACUGACUUCUGGUGUUCUGUCAGAUUUUAAUUUUUCAAUCUGUUUUUGAUUGUUUUAAUGUAAUGGGUUGGUGAUGUCUUGGUUCAGUAGCUCAAAUCUCAUUUUCUAUAUAUAGAUUCCUUAAAAAAGUAUAUUGCUUAAGAUUCUAAAGAUGAAUAGCAGUACUGCUGUAUGGCUCUGAAAUCAGUCAAAGCUUAGUCUUGUGUUCCACAAACAGUUCCAUGAUGCAGAACUGGAUGGGAGCAGCCAUAAGCUAGAAACUAGGUCAGUACCUGGCUUCUGGUCCUUAAAUGCUCCAUGCUGUUUACAUGAAGCUGAGCAGCUAGAUAGAAUGAGUUAAUGUAUCAGGUUAACGUUUUUGCCAUGACUUAAUUUCAAAUUAUCUUUUUUGUUUAGUGAUAAGAACACUUGGAUUGUGACCAUCACAGUAAACACAUUCUAAAUGCCUGCAGUCAAGGGGCCAGAUGACUAAGAACCUACCAAUAUUAGUAGCAAAGCCAAAUAAGACUUUUUUUUUCCCUGCAUUGUAUAUUUUAUGGUUGCUACCGCUGUCUGAUCUUAUAGGAAAAGCUGAGUUGAUCUGAAAUCUGUGAAAAUGCUUCUAAUUUAAAAAGCUUUACUUCCACCUGCCAGACAACCUCACAGAAGUCAGAAUCAGAGCCAUUCCCUCUAGUUGUUAAGGCUCUGCUGCAGCAGAAAUCUUGGGAAUAUGCGUGCUUGUGGAUUCUGGGCCUCCAAGGGGAAUCUGUAAACUUAGAUCCACGUGAACUGCCCCAGCUAUGCUAACCACCAGCAGGGGAAUAUCAAAUGGGACAUGUGGAUCCUACAGAAAUGGUGUUUCCUGCCAGUGCAUCAUGCCAAUGAACUGAUUUGGAUACAGCUAAUAGGUGUCUUUUUUCUUCUCUGCUUACAAACAUGCCGAUGUAAUAGUUUUGAUUCCUGACUUGUAAAUGUGCAAUAGUUUAUAGUUGAACGGCAUUAACUUUGAUCCUGAUAAAAAGAAAUUUAAAAUCUGUAUUUUUAUUCUUCUUUUGGACUACGUUUUCCGUAGGUACCCUCAAGAAGGCAGUUCUGUGCUCUGUGCAGUGCUGUUUGUGUGGUUGUGCUCUCACAGUGACGAUCCCCCGUACGCCUGUGUGCACAAUUACGGGUUUGCAACUUUGUUGUCCAUCUCCUGAUUUUAGUAGGACCCCAUUUCCGUGUCCUGGCAGCAGGACUUUCUUCUCAGCAGUUGCUAAUACAGUGAUGGUGCAGAACACUGUGAUAAGAGCCGUGCUUAUUCUUGGUAGAAUGGAUUUCAUUUAACAAGGACGUUGAAAUAAAUUUCUGUAGGCGUGUCUAA